GUUCCCUACAGCGAUCCUGGUGGAGCAGUUUUUAGCCAAUCAGCAGGCUUUAACAACGAAACUUUCCAAGAUGGUGCUAGAGAGUACUGUUAUUUGCGUUGACAACAGCGAGUUUAUGAGGAAUGGAGACUACCUGCCUACUCGACUACAGGCACAGCAAGAUGCAGUCAAUCUUAUUUGUCGAUCAAAGACACGUUCAAAUCCAGAAAAUAGUGUUGGUCUCAUGACCCUUGCAAAUGUUAGAGUGUUGGUGACCCUGACAUCAGAUGCAGGCAAUGUAAUGGCAAAGCUGCAUCAGAUUCAACCUAGUGGAUUCAUCAAUAUCAUAACGGGCAUUCGUAUAGCACAUCUUGCACUGAAGCAUCGUCAGGGAAAAAACCAUAGGAUGAGAAUUAUUGUGUUUGUUGGCAGUCCUAUAGAAUCCGAUGAGAAAGAGCUGGUCAAGUUAGCAAAGAGGCUUAAGAAAGAGAAAGUGAACAUUGAUAUUGUAAACUUUGGCGAAGAGGGAGAGAAUACAGAAAAACUCAUGAACAUUGUCAACACCGUCAAUGGAAAGGAUGGGAACAGCUCGCACCUGGUGACGAUUCCUCCCGGUUCUCAGUUCAGUGAGGCGUUGAUUAGCUCGCCCGUCGUUCAGGGAGAGGACGGCGCCGGCGCGAUAGGAAUGGGAGCUAACGAUUUUGAGUUUGGCGUCGACCCUGCUCAGGAUCCAGAGCUGGCUCUGGCUCUGCGUGUGUCCAUGGAGGAGCAGAGGGCGCGCCAGGAGGCAGAGGCACGAAAAGUCACAGAGGAGUCUGCCAAGGAAGUCAAGGACGUGGUCAUGGCCGAUGACGCAUCGAAUGAGGAAGCCCUUCUUGCUCAGGCUCUUGCUAUGUCCAUGCAGCAAGAUGAGGAGGCAGAGGAUAACGAUGCCGAGGAAGGGAGCGCUGGUAGCAUGCCGGACUUUGCCACCAUGACAGAGGAGGAACAGAUUGCAUAUGCCAUGCAGAUGUCUCUACAGGCUGCCGCAGCCGAGGCACCAAAGGGAGACACUAAGGAAGUUAAGGAGGAGCCGAUGGAGACUGAAUCAACUGAACCCAAGAAAGAGGAGGAGGAUUACUCUGACGUGAUGAACGAUCCGACGUUCCUGCAGAGCGUCUUGGAGAACCUUCCCGGCGUGGACCCGCAGAGCGAGGCGAUCCGCUCAGCGAUGGGUUCUCUCACCGGCCAGGAGGAGAAACCGAAACCCAAAGGCAAGGACCCGAAGGAGAAGAAGUGAGAAACGUGUGCGACCCCCCGCGCGUCGUAUUUAUGAUUGGGGGAUUUCGUUGUUGUCUGUUUUCGGACGCUUCCGAGACUAACUACAUCUGGAUAUUGUAAUCGGUGAUGUAACAUGUACACUGUGGACUUUGUGAGUACUUUCACUACUAACUGCUCUGUCUAUAUAACCAUAGCUAAUGCUUGCAAGGCCGAGUUUGUAACUUUGGACGAGAAAUCAAUAGUAACUUUCGUUUUGAAUGUUGAUAUCUAUUCACAUACGCACACAUGGAAGAAAUUACUAUUAAUAAAAGAUAUUGAGAAAAAUGAA